UUGCUGCAACAUUUUACCAGAGUUAGGCGACGUGGAUUAAUCAAGUGUUUGCAUAUAAAUACUGAUUAAUUAAGCUAUAUAUUUAUUCUCAUGCGCUGCUUUGAGCACUUUAAGCUCAUACUUUAAGCAUCAUUUGACUUCAUAAUACCUUGCAAUUUGGCGUUGGUGACUGUUUAAGAUGGCGAUUCCUAUCCAAUUUCUUACCAGGUUUGCUAUCCCGUUGAUCGUAGCGGCGUUUUAUCUGGAAGGAAAUGCGCCCGAACAGGCUAACCUGUACUCCAAAGUAUUGGAAGAGAGUGACCGGACCCUAAGUAUUGCCAACGGGGAAGGAGAAGGAGAGACGGAAUUUUACGACUAUAUCAUUGUGGGAGCCGGGUCUGCCGGAUCAGUUUUGGCCAACAGAUUGUCUGCCAGUGGGGCUUUCACAGUUUUACUGCUCGAAGGAGGUGGUGAUCCAAAUCCAAUUAGCGAAGUUCCCUGGUUUGUCGACGAUUUAGACGAAGGUGGAAUGUUAUUAAACUAUGUGACCACAGCGCAGGAAAAAGCUUGUAUCACACGAUCAAAUGGCACUUGCUGGUUCGGUCGAGGGAAAGCUAUGGGGGGUUCUAGCUCUGUAAAUGGUUUGGUUUACAAUCGAUGUGCAGCCAAAGAUUAUGAUUCCUGGGCAAAUUUUACCGGUGACCAAAUUUGGGCGUUCAACAGCGUGGUUGAUGCAUUCAAAGCAAUUGAAACCUAUAAUGGCGUUUAUCACGAGAAUCCGAGUCCAAAUCAUGGAACUAGCGGGCCAAUUUACAUCGGUCACUUGGACUACGCUCCUGGGUUUGAGGUGCUUGAGGAAGCUUUAACUGAAAAGGGGGUCCCAAUCGGAGACCUGAACUCGGGAGAAUUUCCCUUUGGAUUCUCGAAAUUGGACCACAAUAUAAAAGACGGACUUAGGUGGAGCGCUUGGCAUGGCUAUCUGGAACCCAUUUUAUCUAGAUCAAAUCUUAAAAUCUAUCGAUACGCGUGGGCAACAAAGGUGCACUUUAAUGCAAACCGGGCCAUUGGAGUAACUUAUGAACGACAUGGACAAACUCGACAAGUUGUUGCCAACAGAGAAAUUAUUCUGUCCGCUGGUGUGAUAGACAGUCCCAAAUUGCUGAUGCUCUCCGGUGUCGGCCCGAGUGCACAUCUAGCUGAGCAUGGCAUUGAAACGGUGCUGGACCUUCCUGCUGUAGGAACUCAUUUGCAAGAGCAUCUUGGAGUCAAUUUGCAUCCGUUCUUUGUCAACCAAACCUUUUCUGCAAGUAAUCCUUUGACACCUGAAAACAUUAACUUAUUCAUCAAGAAUACUACAGGCCCGCUUGCCAAUAUGAAAUCCUGGGGGACCUAUGCAACACAUAUUGCUCAUGGGUAUUUUCCCAGCAAGCUGUAUAACGACCCCACUUGGCCUGAUCUUCACUGUUACAUCAAUCAAGUGUUUGCAACGCCCGAAGGACUACCCGCGGAGCAGCAAGUUUUCGUUGAACUCGAGAUGGUCCUUACCAAUCAGGAAGGGACCGUUCGACUGGCAUCAACAAACCCGAGGGACGAUCCAAUAAUUAAUCCCCAUUUCUUGGAGAAUCCUCUGGACACGCAAAGAUUAGUUGAAGGGAUAGAAUACGUGACUGAUCUAUUUCUCAACUCAACGACUUGGCAACGCCUUGGGAUCAGGUGGAGCGAUACUUUCGAAAAAAUUCCUCAAUGCGAACAAUUUGUCUUCCCCUCAGUUGAAUAUUGGACCUGUUUCGUGGAAAUGAACACGGGACCAGCCUUACACCCAACUUCAACAUGUCGCAUGGGCCCCAACAGUGAGGUGGCUGUAGUUGAUUCUAGAUUGAGAGUAUUUGGAUCUACCGGACUGAGGGUUAUUGAUUCAAGUGUGAUGCCGUUCGUCCCCAACGGAAAUACUAAUUUACCAAGUAUCAUGAUUGGAGAAAUGGGCGCAAGAAUGAUUCUUGAAGAGAUUCUUGAAUAAAAUCAUUGUAUUUAUUUGUUAUUCAAAAACUUAUCCUUGAAAAAGAGAUGAUUACAAGAACGGUUUCAAUAAACAAAAAAUAAGUCCAUGAA